AUGCGCACUCACAAACACGACUUCUUGCCCCCUUCUUCAACACACGUCAUUUUCUCUUUCUUCCUCAUCCCUUGGCCACUCACGCUCGCUACUUGCAUUCUUACCCAAGCAUACACGACUUUUCUACAUCCCUUCUCGGCUCUGCCAUCAUACACGAUGUUACCUGCACGCACAUCCCGCGCGGCCCUCAGUGACCCCAGGGCACGCUGGAAUCCCUUGAGCGUGUCACUGUCACCUACAAGGGCCGCAUAUCCUGGGACAUGGCGCGGAUGCGACCCGUCCCAGAUCUACGCUCCGUGCUUGUUCUUCAUGCGCCGAGCCCCGGCGGCGCGACCUUUCCAUUCUCACAUUGAACUCUUCAUUUUAACCUCUUCCUUGUCAACGGUGCCUAUCGUACCGCCUCGAACCCGGAAGUUCUUCACUGGUCACACCGUCGAGUCAUUUGCUGCUAGCUCUCUAUCGCCGUCUUCUCGCGAUCCGGUUCUGGAUGUUCGGACUUGGACUCCAGCCUCCAGACUUGAGUAG